UCCGAUCAACCCUCGCCGCCUUCUGCCAUGGCUCCUUCUCUCAAAGGCGACGACACCGUCAGUGUCGUCGAGUCGUUGGAGACAAAGUCCUCCAUGUCGGGAAGCGAUGUUUCCACAAAGUCCCCGCCGAAGCCUCUACCGAUUGUCAUGAUCGCUGUCAUGCUCCUCAUGAUCGUCGCGUCCGGUGGAGGUCUCUGCCUUUCGGCUGUUCAGUUUCGGCCUUCAAAGACUGGCGAGCGUGACUGUCUCAGUCAAAGCUUCAUCCUAUUUGGUUCGAUGAUCUCUCCCAUGUACGUGGUGUUGCACAUCAUUGUGUCGUUCCGCAACUACCAGGUUGUCAAGAGACAGUCGCUACAAUCACCUCUGGUAUCGUGGGCUGUCAUAGUUGCCCGACUGGGUCUCUUGCUAUGGAUUCCGGCCAUGAUUCUCUCUUCGGUAGCUCUGUCACAUUACCCCGGCUUCGUGACACAAAGCCCCAUUACCGAGCUCAACUUCUCAGUAUCCGUCGUCGGAAUACUGUGCAGCAUUGUUGUCAUUCUUGUGCUGGAGAUUGCAUCACACCCAUUCGAGCUGCCCUGCUUCAGGCGGCGCAACACCGUUACAUGUCUAGUCAGCGCUUUCGAAAAGGACCUGAAGGACGAGGAAGCCAAGCCUUCAAGCCGGCCUAACAGCCGUCCUCCGACCCCUCCCGCCUACUACUACUUCCCUGCAAACCAUCGACACACGAUCCCGGCCCCGGCAAGAGCCAAACUCGUCCGCAAAGCCAGCUAUCCCAGACGCCGGGAGCAAAUUCCCCCCGUCCCACCAAUUCCGUACCCGCACCCGGACUCCCUCGGCAUCAUGCUCCCCAUCGCAGAGCCGCUGCCUCCUCUCCCCGAGCUGGAACAGACCUCCGUCGCGCCGGCCAUCAAGAUCACCCCCGCCAACGCGCCUGAAUGCCUCUGCCCUGGGAACGGUAAGCUCGCCCCGCCGGCGAACAAGGACAAGCCGUGUCCCCCUCCCCCCGGAACGGCGUGGGCUAAGGAUUGGGAGCAGCUUGCCGUUGAUACCGGCGUGCGGCGGAACGGGUCGUUGAGCGACUACGGGUCUACCGUCGGAACGGAUACGCUCGACGGAAGGUUCGAUACCCGUGGCGUCGCGUUGAAGCCGCCUCUGCCUUCGAUUAUCAUCACACAUAGUCCGGAACAAGUCUGACAGCCGAAAUGUGGUGGAAAGUUGAAUGACGUUUAUUUCCGUGUGAAUUCUCAGAAUCUUGUACUACUUGGUUGUCUGGAUAAAGCGAGGUUAUGGUCACGGGUUAUGGGUCAUGGAUUACGGAUUAUGGGUUAUGAGCAGAUGAAGCGUUCUUUUGUUGCCUCCGCGUGUCAAUCUUAUUGGAUUUCUUUUGUAAUCAAUCUCACUUACAUUUUUCUUGAAUGCUGCCCGCGUUGUAAGCUUGCGACAGCCUGACGUUCUUCUACCUAUCCUUCUUGAGGUUGAAGUUAUCUCCCUGCGAAUCUGACACGCCUUACAGCCACUUACAUGCCAUAUUACCCCAAAAUCCCGUUUAGUGGCUUGGCUUCGUAUCUCGUGUUGACCGUG